AUGCAGGGACAAUUAUCAGAAGUUGAGGAAAUCUUACUACUCACAUCACAACACCCACUGCUACAAUAUGAGAUCUUCUCAAAUAUCUUCUCGCCACUUAGAGGGUUUGAUGUGGUUGCCGAAGGCGGCGGGCCCGCUGAUUCCACCUGCGGUAGGAAAGCGAGUGGUAGCUGGAAGCUUGCACCCUCCCCCGGACAUCACGUAUUUCUCACACGGGUCGCAGUCGAACUUCGUCCCUUCAGGCAAGCUUGUGUUAGGUUCGACAUCCGCCGUGUUUUCGUCAAUGGGGUCACCAAUUUGCUCUUCGACAGCUCCGCCCCUCUGGUCCUGUUUUCUGAGGAAGAGCAGGUUGAUUCUGUGGAAUACACCUUCGUCGUUCCAGCCAAAUGCGUUCUUGGAAACAGUUGUAGGAAGCCAUCCAAGCACAAAUGGCAGCUCUUGGGUGACUUACCAACGAAUAUUAGUCUGAAUAGUGAUACUACAUUAGAAGUGGAGGGGAAGGCGGAAAGCGAAAUUGGGUAUGGUAGGAUGGUCUCGCCGCUUGAGAUAAACGCUCGGAGACACAAGUGA